AUGUCAUCACAAUCUAAUUCUACUAUACCAUUGGUAUUAGUACAAAAACAAUUAUAUAGAUUUGGUGGACCUAUUUUAAUGAUUUUCGGUACUGUGAGUUCUAUACUCAGUUUAAUAAUUUUUCUUCAAAAGAAUUUACGUAAAAAUCCCUGUUCAAUUUAUUUAAUAGCAUUUAAUAUUGGUAAUUUAUUUCUAAUUUAUACAUCAUUAUUUUCCCUUAUAUUAAUAAAUGGUUAUAAUAUGAAUUCUAGUUUGUAUAAUUUAAUUAUUUGUCGUCUUCAUUUUUAUACAAUGCUUAUAUUCGGUGUUUUAAGUCCAUCUUAUUUAAUAUUAGCUUCUAUUGAUCGAAUCUUAGUUACUUCACGAUAUGCUAUAAUGAGAUCGAAAAGUACUCAUCGUCUGGCUUAUAUAUGUAUUAUGAUUGUAACAUUACUUUGGUUGUUAUUUCAUAGUCAUGCAUUAGUUUUAACAAAUAUUAUCGAACCAUUACCAAAUUUUUUUCGAUGUUAUUUUCAACCUGGAAUCUAUCUAGUAUUUAUAGGUUAUUAUUCUUUGAUCAUUAAAGGAAUUUUUAUUCCUCUAUUGAUGAUUAUUUUCGGAUUGUGGACUGUGAAAAAUAUUCGAAGUAUUGGUCGUAUUGAUCCUCGUCCUGUUUUAAUAAUUACUAGAAGAAAAACUAUCGGUGGUUUAUAUUUAAAACAUUCAAAAGAUCGACAAUUUAUCCAAAUUUUAUUUAUUGAUAUUAUAGUAUAUAUUAUUUUUAGUUUAAUGAUAUCAGCCGUUUUCAUGUACCAACAGUUUGCUCAAUAUAAAUCAUACAAUUUGAUUUCUGUUCAAAUUCUAGGCUUUUUAACAUCUAUAGCUACUUUUAGUUCUUAUAUUCCAUUCUGUUUUGGAUUCUAUACCAAUUUCAUAAUGUCCAAGCAAUUUCGUCAUGAAGUUAAACAUUAUAUUCUGUGUCAAUAG